CACCAAUCAACAGAAAGAGCCGAAGAUGUUGGCUCGGUCAUGUGAUAAGCUGUAUCCAAUCACAGCUGAUCGCAUCUGUCACAAUGACAGCUCAUGAAGAGUGGAGAGCAGAGGGGACAUGUACACUGAUUAUCAGGACACUGAUGAUCAGUGUGCCCUGAUGAUCAGUGUAGCCCCAGCAGUGCCACCUGUCAGUGUCAAUCAAUACCAGCUGUCAGUGCCCAUCAAUGCCACCUGCCAGUGCCCAUCAGUGCCACAUCAAUGCCCCAUAUCAGUGCCUACCAGUGCACAUCAAUGCCACAUAUCAGCGCCCAUAUGAGCUGCCUUUCAGUGUCACCUAUCAGUGCCAGUCAGUUCCACCUAUCAGUGCUGCCAAUCAGUG